GACACCAUCUCUUCUUCUUCUUCUUUCUUUUGUUUAUUCAGAAUCUGCGGUUUUCUUCUACCAAUAUAACACAAUGGAGUACGACCCAAAAACCCCGCAGUAUCUCACUUCCGAUCAGUCCAGCUUUGCCUCCGUCUCAGCUCGUGAGCGCUGGCCGGUCAUCCUGACAGGCGCCAUUGAUGACCUGCACCGCACCGUUAGCGAGACGACCGAUGAGGAGAAGCGUCGGGAAGGAAAGGAAAUCACCGAGAAGCUCGCAGCAUUCAAGUAUGAGCUACAGCAUAACAGACAAUUGACCCCCCUUCCCGACGACGGCCAACCCGAUAUCGCAGACUACAACAAGGAGCUUGAAGAACGAGGGAACCCGGCGUGGCACGAUGUCUCGUGGCUAUACUCAGAAUGCUACCUCUACAGACGGUUGAGCACCGUUUUCUCGCUCUCCAAACACUGGAAGGGCUAUGACGUGUUCGCCCGGCAGAAGCUCUCGACCUUCAAGUCAUCCCGUCCUGCUGUUCUCGAACUGGCGGCCCGAUACAAGGAGCUGGCCACGGAAGCCGAGAAGGGCGGCAACGAGGGCCGCAGCGCGGAGCAGAUCGAGCAGGCGGAGCGGGUGCUCUUCUCGGAGAUGUGCGAGAUCUGCCUGUGGGGCAACGCCACCGACCUGUCCCUCCUGACCUCGCUCACCUACGAGGACAUCCAGAAGCUGCAGGGCUCCAAGGCCCGCAAGGCCGCCGAGGAGAACAUCCUUGUCAACGACCUCGACGCCGCCUUCGACGUGCUGCAGCGGGCCCGGCGCGAGCGCAAGCACCACGAGCGGCGCGUCGACAUCGUCCUCGACAACUCCGGCUUCGAGCUGUUCGUCGACCUCAUCCUCGCCGGCUAUCUGCUCUCCGCGGGGCUGGCCACGACCGUCGUCCUCCACCCGAAGGUGAUCCCGUGGUUCGUAUCCGACGUCACCCCGCCGGACUUCAUGGCCCUCAUCAACGCCCUCGCCGACGCCCAGGGCUUCUUCACCGCCGCCGACGAGUCCGGCCGCACGCACGACCCGCUGUCCCAGAAGGAACUCUCCGAGGUGACUUUCUUGUUCGACCACUGGAGCCACCUCCACGCCGAGGGCAAGCUCAUCAUCCGCCCCCACGCUUUCUGGACCCUCCCCGGCGGAUACUGGCGUAUGCCGUACCUCGCCCCGGAUCUCUACGAGGAUCUCAAGCAGAGUGAACUCGUUCUCUUCAAGGGUGAUCUCAACUACCGCAAGUUGACCAAUGACUCCACCUGGGACCCAACCACCCCCUUCACCACCGCCAUUGGGCCCCUCGGCCGCCCCGACUCCGGCAUCCGCGUCAUGGCCUUCCGGACCUGCAAGGCCGACGUCGUGGUCGGUCUCCCUGCCGGCGUAGACGAGAAGCUCCGCGCUCUGCCUGACGGCGGCGGCGCCGAAGCUCGCAAAUGGGCCUGGAGCGGCAAGUGGGCUGUUGUGUCGUUUAGUGAUGGCAAGCAAGGCUCGAAGUAAACAUUCAGAUCAUCUUCUUGCGAUUUGUAGAUAAAUGCGAGGGAUGAAUGGAUAGAUUAAUAAAUUAGAUAGACGCUACAGUUUUUGGAAAGGUGGAUGACCGGACCGGUAUAUAACUCGCUUUGCCAACCCAACAUUGAAGAUGGAUGGGAGGAGUACUCUCGAGUUUAGUCAUGCAAGUUGAUAAGAUCCUAAUACGUGGAGAUUAUGUUGACAAUGGUUGUUGAUAUGUAAGUCAUCAACAGUGAGUGCUUGAUUGUUUGAUUCGGG